AUUAUAAGGCUAGUAAUUAGUGUCGUCUUGAAACGCAUUUUCACAUCUGGGUAGGAUAAGAUUUGUCAAGUGUCAACUGCAGACAGUGCUGGAUUCUCAUACCAAAGCUUUUGCGAAAGAAAAAAUCUAUUCUCAUUCCUUUUUUUUUUUUUUCUAAUAAUCUUGAUGUCAAUUAAUGAAAUGAUGAUGAGAGAAUGAUAAAAAUUUCUCUUUGCGAAACCUGAAGGAAAGUGUAAUAACUCGAUUCCUACAGAAGCUCCGGUUGUUUUUGUCAAAUUCUUGAUCAUGCUGGCAAAGAACCUCUUCGGUUUUAUGAUUUUUGCGUCGAGUUGCUUCAGGUUGCUUGGAUUUGCGGAGGCAAGGGUACCCCAAGAAGAAGUUGAUGCACUCCAACAAAUAACUAGUACGAUGGGCGCAAUGUAUUGGAAGUUUAAUGGCAAUUCAUGUGAAGUUGAAAUGGUUGGGAUAGCACCAGAGCCACCAAGGAAUUCUGAGAGCAGUAUUGAUUGUGAUUGCCACUUUGAGAACAAUACCGUCUGCCAUGUCGUAACGAUAAUGCUAAAGGGUUUCAGCCUUUCUGGCAUGCUUCCACCUCAACUGGUCAAGCUUCGUUAUCUCCAAAAAAUUGAUUUUGCAUACAACUAUCUCAAUGGGAUGAUACCACUGGAAUGGACUUCAAUGCAAUUGAAUUUUAUCUCUGUUCUUGCGAAUCGCUUAUCAGGGGAAAUUCCAAAGGAAUUGGGAAAUAUUACGACUCUCAAAUACAUGUGCCUUGAAGCAAACCGAUUCUCAGGCAUUGUUCCUCCUGAGCUUGGCAACUUGAUCAAUUUGCAGACUUUGGUGCUCUCCUCAAAUAAUUUGACAGGAAACUUGCCGAAGACUUUUUCUAGGCUGCAAAAUCUUACAGAUUUUAGGAUAAAUGACAACAACUUCAAAGGAAAGCUACCUGACUUCAUACAGAACUGGAAACAACUGACAAGACUAGAAAUGCAUGCAAGUGGACUGGAGGGACCCAUCCCACCCAAGAUAUCUCUCCUGUAUAAUUUAGCUGAGUUGAGGAUUAGCGAUAUGGAUGGGCCAAAUCAGGACUUUCCUAUGCUGAGAAACAUGUCUGGCAUAGUAAGAUUGGUUUUGAGAAACUGUAAGAUUUCUGGGGAGAUCCCUGCAUACAUCUGGACUAUGAAGAAUCUGGAAAUGUUGGAUGUCAGUUUUAACAAAUUAAUUGGGGAGAUUCCAACCAGUGCCAACUUUGAGCGCCUGAAAUUCCUCUUUUUAACUGGCAACUCGCUAAGAGGAAAUGUGCCAGAAUCAAUUUUGAAGGCGGGGAGUAAUAUUGAUCUUUCCUACAAUAACUUCACAUGGCAAGGUCCUGAACAGCCAGCUUGUGGAGAAAACUUGAAUUUGAAUCUUAACUUAUUUCAAAGCUCCUUAAAGGAGGACAACAUAAAACAAGGUCCUCAUUGCUUAAAGAACUUCAAUUGUCCACGAUAUUCAAAUUGUUUGCAUAUUAAUUCUGGUGGAAACAAUGUAGCCAUCAAGGAAGAUAAAGUCACAGUUGUAUAUGAAGGAGAUGCAGAUGUUGAAGGUGGUGCUGCGGAGUACUUUAUUCGUGACAAUAGUUACUGGGGGUUUAGUAGCACUGGGGAUUUCAUGGAUGAUAAUAAUUACCAAAAUACACGUUACACUCUACAUCUCUCAUCAGCCAAUAUAUCUGAAUUGUAUGCCACAGCACGUGUAUCUCCUAUGUCGCUCACUUAUUUCCAUUAUUGCUUAGAAAAUGGGAACUACACCGUAAAUCUCCACUUUGCAGAGAUAGUGUUUACGAAUGACAAAACAUAUAACAGUCUCGGGAAGCGUGUAUUUGAUAUCUAUGUUCAGGAAAUAUUAGUGGUGAAGGACUUCAACGUUGAAGAUUACACCGGUGUUGCUCAAAAGGCAGUUGUAAAACCCAUAUCAAAUGUGAUCGUCUCAAACAAUAUUCUAGAGAUCAGAUUCUAUUGGGCUGGUAAAGGGACGACAAGAAUUCCUGAUAGAGGAGUUUAUGGUCCCCUUAUAUCAGCCGUUUCUGUAGUUUCUGAUUUCAAACUCUGUCGGAAUGGUGGAACCAAUCGAACUGUUUAUAUCAUUGUUGGAGUUGCAAUUGGAGCAUUAUGCUUACUACUCUUUUUAGGGGGAAUCCUUUGGUGGAAAGGCUGUUUGCUGAGGAAAAGGAGGGGAAAAAAAGACACUAGACGACUAGAUUCGGUGACGGGGACUUUUAGCUUAAAACAGAUAAAAGCCGCAACUAAUGAUUUCGAUUGUGCCAACAAAAUUGGAGAAGGUGGCUUUGGUCCUGUUUACAAGGGUCAAUUACCUGAUGGCACUGUCAUAGCAGUUAAGCAGCUCUCGUCUAAAUCAAAACAGGGUAAUCGGGAGUUUUUAAAUGAGAUGGGAAUGAUUUCCUGUUUGCAACACCCAAAUCUUGUGAAUCUUCAUGGAUGUUGCAUUGAAGGGGAUCAAUUAUUGUUGGUAUACGAGUACUUGGAAAAUAAUAGCCUUGCUGGUGCCCUAUUUGAAAACAGUCAGCUUAAACUAGACUGGCCUACAAGGCUUAAGAUCUGUAUUGGGAUAGCAAGAGGUCUAGCUUUUCUCCAUGAAGAAUCAAGACUCAAGAUUGUUCACAGAGACAUCAAAGCAACUAAUGUGUUGCUGGAUGGAGAGUUGAACCCUAAAAUAUCCGACUUUGGAUUGGCUAGGCUCGAUGAAGAGGAGAAGACCCACAUUACCACCCGAAUUGCUGGAACCAUAGGAUAUAUGGCUCCAGAAUAUGCAUUAUGGGGUCAUCUGACAUACAAAGCAGAUGUUUACAGUUUUGGAGUUUUGGCCUUGGAAAUUUUCAGUGGAAAGAACAACAAUAAUUAUAUGCCAAGUGACAACUGUGUUUGUCUUUUAGAUCGGGCCUGCCAUUUGCAACAAACUGGAAAAUUGAUGAAGCUCAUUGAUGAGAGGUUGGAGUCUGGGGUUGACGAAAAGGAAGCUGAAAUUAUGGUUAAAGCAGCUUUGUUAUGCACAAAUGCAUCCGCAUCACUUAGGCCAACCAUGUCGGAGGUGGUAAGCAUGCUUGAAGGGCGAUUGUCUGUUCCGGACCAGAUCCCAGAAGCAAGCACCUAUCAUGAAGACCUGAGGUUUAAGGCCAUGAGAGACCUCCAUAAAGACAGGCAAAAUCAGAGUUCGAGUGGAAGCCAAACCCACAAUUCAACAGCAGCCCACACAUUUUGCUCUACCUCUACAUUUGGACAUGACUUGGGUGAUAUCAAACCAGACUCAGAAUCUUGCGGAGAAGUGUGAGCAUUCAUUCCUCUUUGUAGCUCUGCAAUCAAAAUAGAUAUUCUUUUUCGAGAAAUGAUAUUUACAAUCAUAAAGUAUAUAAAAGUUGCACUCUUUUUAAAAAAAAGUGAGUAAAUACUAAAUAUGUAAUCUACAUGAAAAAAUAACUUUUGAAUGGUAGACGUUACUCUUUUUCAGAAAGAGUACACGAUGUUUGCACAACCAAUGACUGUAUCUAAUAUUAUUUUUAUUUCGUAGGUAUUUUUUUUUAAUCUAAAAAUUGGUGGAAGGUAAUUUGAUUACAAUAUAUCUGAUGAAUACAAAGACAUGAAAAUCGAUCA